CCGUGUCGUUCAAACGGAAGUGAUCGGUCGGUCGUUCGUUGAAUUUGGUUGGCCGGAGUAUUCGCGGGAGUCGAAUUAUAAUUGCUUGCACCCACUUGCUUCACAUAUCUGCAAGGCAGCUCACUGAGUUUCGGAUUACAUUGAUUUGGAUUACAUACACAUUAGGAUGAGUGCAUACAUACAUAUGUAUGGGUAUAUUGGAUUAAUGAAAUUAAUUUUUACGGAAAAGUGAACGCAAGAGAUUUCGAAUUUAGCUGAUCAAUAUUUGAAAUAAAUGAGUGUACAGAUAAAAUGAUGGCAAAAAUAAAGCGACUAUCCGAGGUAGAUAAUGAGGUCUUCGGCACGCGAACUCAAAGGAAAUCCCUCAGAACUGCGCUUACUCGAACGCUGGCCGUUUCAGGUGUAAUGCUACUGCUACUAACGACCAUCUUAAUCUAUCAUUCCAUAGCACCCAAUAGAAUUGAUAAACUUCAUGAGGCUGAGGUGUUAAGUUUUCUAAAGGCAAAACAAUAUAGCUCUCACUCGGACCAUAUACCCCCAAAUGAAGGGGUUGUAAUCGCUAUAGACCAAGUAUCAGCUCACGACGACAUACCUGUCAGUCAAUAUGACCAAAGUUUGGAUGUACAACAUUUGCGUUCGAAAAUACUUCGCCAUCGAUACGCGAGAGCUUUGCCAGAUAUGUUGGAUCCGGUAUUUCUGCAACAUGAACCAGAUUUUAAUAGUCUCUAUACGAAGGUGCGUAAUAAACGAACUCGUUUGGAGUUAGGAAAAUUGGAGAAAGAGUAUCUACGUUGCAAGAAGGAGUCCAUAAACAGCAGUGGGUGCAUGGUUGCAUUCAUGAGACUGUACAACUUAGCCAAAGAUAUCAGUGCCAAAAUGGAUAAAAUGAAAGAAAUAUUCAAUGAUAAUGAAGAAGUGCUGCAACGAAGCGCCAGCUCGGCUUCUGACGAAUCGAAAAAGUUACCAGACAAAGAAAUGCAAACGCAUGGUGAGAGCAGCAUUGAAAAUAAAGAAAUUAGUGAACAUUUUGUGAGAUCAACGACGGAGACUAGCUUCAGUGCGGCAGCAGAAGAGGAAAGUGGAAACAAUUCAAGUUUUAGUACGAACGUUGAUGAUAAACAUAUUCAUUAUAGCUGGAUAAUCGAUGGACAUGAUGAUGGUAUACAGGAGAAAGUCUCUCUACAGGAGAAUACAGCUGCAACGACACCAAGCGUAAGACCAGUUACAAAAAUUGUGUCAAUGACAACGAGUUUGCCGUAUACACCAGAGCUGAAGAAAAUUCAGAAUGAUACAAAGUCAAUACCCACAAAAAAUGAUUCGCACAAAAUCAGUUGGAUUUUAGAUGGCUAUGAAAAUGAUGGUGAAACAACAAUGCCCAAGGAUAGGCCUGAAACAACUGAAAGACCUGAGCAUACAUUCUCUAGCACGACUAAAUCGAGCGCAUCUAUGGAAAUUAUGCCAAUAGGUACAGAAAAAGUAAGCUGGAUUUUAGAUGAGUUUGAAAAUGCAGAAACUCAGAAACCUGAAAAAAUAAGUUGGAUAAUAGAUGGUAACGAUGACAAUGAUACAGUUGCUACUAGUACCAGUAGGAUCACAUCGACGUCAACUCGCGAUGUAUUCGAAGAAUUGGAGAACAUCACCGAAGGGGUUGAAAAAGAAGAAGACAAGCUACGUAAAUUAAAGAAUGACGCUAUAAGUGAUGAAGAAAAAGAUGACUCCAAACAUGGGUACGGACAUGUUGUUUCUACUACCAGCGGCCCAAUCACACAAUCUGCAGCCGUUUUGGUAAUGAACGAAACGGUUAUUUUUACCAAUACUUCAGAUGUUAUUAUCACCUAUGGUGGAGUCUGCGCUGCAACGCCAAGAACAAUGUUAGAUCGUGAGAAGGCGCAUACAGACGCCAAGUAUUCGUCCCAUCCAUUAGAUUAUCCAACGAGUGAAGAAAAUAUGGUUGAAGAGAGGGAACGGCAGUAUAGCUAUAAGGCUGCUAAGCGGCCAACUGUGAGUCCAUAUGAUGCCAAAAUGUGGGAAGAAUUAUUUCGUAAGGGUGCUAUAGCGCAAGAUCAGCAAGGAGAAUUAAUUGACAACUUCGAUGCAGGGGACAUGGAAACCUUUACGAGCUUUGGAGCGAAAGUUAACUCGGCAAAUUUAAACCACUCUCCGGAUGCACAGUUUUUGACCUUGUGUGAUCAAGUAGCAAAGAGGUUACGCAAUAAAAACACGAACACCGAAUCAGAAAGAUUCACACCAGCCCCAGGUCAGCGGUUUACAAGCCGCGGUCCAGGUGGUUUUCCCGUAACGGGCGAGACGAUGAAAGCAACAGCACAGUUCCUUUAUAAUCCUAAUUUCGGUAUGCCUACCAUACCAAUAUGCUUUUACAUAACACCUGCUAAUUUCCGGAUGGCCAACCAGAGCCCUAUGUGGACACCCAAUUACAGUAACAUGGCCAGUAGCUUUGCUAGCGGUCCAAUGGGUUUCAACGUACCAAACGGAAUUUUCUUUGUACCACAAAAUUUUGGACCAACGGGAAAUUUCUUUAGGCAAAGUGGUGGUACAGGCGCUGGCGGCAGCCAGAGUAAUAUACCGAAGGCUUUUACAAAUACCGCUUCGCCACGGAAACAACAACAGCAAUUCUUUUGCACUUAUGUGCAAAAUAAUGCCGAGAAUAAUAACAGCGCUGUAAAUAGUGAUGGACCAGACAGUGGUUUAAAUACUAUGACAUUUUCGAAUAGUAAUUUCAAGAUGCGUUCAAGUGCGCAAAAUCUUUCAACGGACAUCAUUUAUGCCUCCUACACGAAUUUUCCUGAUCACUUGGGUCGCGUGGAUAAUUUCAAGUGCGAGUCGGCGUUCGAUACUAGUUGUUAUAGCGGCAAAGAAUGCAUCCGAGUAAAUUCUUGGUGUGAUGGUUAUGUUGAUUGCUCAGAUGGCAGCGAUGAGGCAGCUUGUCGUUGCAUAGAUCGGCUGACCAGCAAUCGUAUAUGUGAUGGAUAUGCCGACUGUCCGAUGGGCGAAGAUGAACUUGGCUGUUUUGGUUGCAAUGACUCAGUUUUUUCCUGUUACGAUAGUCCUGAAGAGUAUAUCGCUUUUAACCGAUCGACAGUGUCGAUGUGUUACAGCGCAACCGAAAAGUGUGACGGCGUCAUGAACUGUCUGAAUGGACGGGAUGAACUUGAGUGCAAUGUGAUUGUUAAAGAUGUAAUGGAUCACAUGUCGCAUACUGUUUCCAGUUCGAGUGGUUUCCUGUUUCACAAUUAUCGUGGAGAAUGGUUUCCCGUGUGUAACAAUGCUCAAAAGUGGGCCCAAGCAGCUUGUGCUAAUGAAGCUGACCACAACGCCAAGGCAAAUGUGACAUUUCGUGAGAUCGCACUACAUCGCCCAUUUAUCGAACCAACCCUGAUAGGACAGGUACAUUUUCCCUCGUCAUGUCAGCAGCAAGGUGCACACGAUAAGCUGAUAGACAAAGCUGCCUAUGUUACUUGCUCGCAAACUAAAUGUGGUUCGGUUAAGAAGAAAAUUAAGACACCUUUCCGCCGGAAACGAUCGAAGAGAAUGUUAUUGUCUGAUAGGCGAAAAGUUAAGAACCCACAACCGUUGGAAGCUUCUAAUGGGCGUAUUGUAGGCGGAAGAUUCAGCACACCAAUGCAAUGGCCUUUUGUGGUUGCAGUGUAUAGAGAUGGCAAUUUUCACUGUGCUGGAACAAUAUAUUCGGAAAGAUGGAUUAUCAGCGCUGCCCACUGCGUCUUAAAUUACCAUAACUAUUACUACGAAAUUCACGCUGGCAUGAUACGUCGAUUGAGCUUUUCGAGUACUACACAAAUUCGUGCAGUGUCCCAUGUGGUUGUACACCAAGCGUAUGAGAGGCGUAGUAUGCGCAACGAUCUAGCGAUGUUACGUAUGAGGGAGCCGCUUAUGUUUAAUCGGUGGGUGAAACCGAUAUGUAUGCCAGAUAUUGGACGAACGACGGCCGGAGAAGAUUGGAUUUGGGGGCCGGAAGAGAACACUUUAUGCACGGUUGUGGGUUGGGGUGCGAUGCGUGAGAAAGGACCUGGGAGUGAUCAAUUACGCGAGGUGAUGGUGCCAAUACGAAAGCAGUGUACCGAGUUAGAGGAUAAAUACUCCGAGAAUGUUUGUGCUGGUGAUGUGGAUGGUGGACGUGAUGCUUGUCAGGGUGAUUCUGGAGGCCCUCUAUUCUGUCGUAGUGUCAACAAUACCGAAGAAUGGUACUUAGCUGGAGUUGUUAGUCAUGGUAAUGGUUGUGCGCGUCCCGGAGAGGUUGGUGCUUACUCUCGAGUAGCGCUUUACUUGGACUGGAUCGCAUUAGCGGUGAAAUUCCCCUCGAAAAUACAACCACGUACAAUGUGCCCUGGCUACACUUGUGUCUGGGGUGGAAAACGUUGUAUAUCAAAGAAGCUACGUUGCAAUCGUGUCGUUGAUUGCUUAGGAGGUGAAGAUGAAGUUGGUUGCACUUACAAUUUUGCACCAGAUAUGGUUUCUGGUACGAACGUCCUAUCGACAACAACAGAGAGUGAUUAUUAUCCUGAGAAUGUGAUGACAUCACCACCAUGCAGAGCAGAGGAUACAGCUCGAAAUGUGCGUAUUGAAAAUGAGGAUGAAGAAGAAAGAAACAAAACUAGUAAAAAUAAGUUUACUACGACAGAAGCUGGUAAAGCCAGUACCGUGGUAAGUACAGAAAUGAGUACCAAGCGAAUGAGAACAACGGAAAUAAGCUCGAUGAGAACUACAACUGAAACCUCAUCUUCAAACGAAAUGACAACAGUAUCACUGACACCUUUUGAUGUAGAAAACUUGGUUACAACAACUCCAAUUGAUUCUAUGCUUUCUUCCACAACGACACAAAAUGCAAGCCCGGAUCAGGAAACGUCAACUGAUACAAAAACAAAAAAUUUUACUAACUCAAGCAUACCAGGAAAAUUUGUAUGUCAAAGAAUAUCACAAAUAGUCGAGCUGAAAAAUCGUUGCGAUCGUGUUAUGGAUUGCGAGGACGGUACGGACGAGGACGAUUGCAGCUGUCGCGACUUUUUGAAAGGAUCACUCAGUAUAUUAAUUUGUGAUGGCAAAACUGAUUGUGAAGAUUUAACCGAUGAAGAGAACUGUGGUAACUGUACCGUUGAUGAAUUCCUCUGUCCACUUUCGAAAAUGUGUGUACCAAUGCAGAAACGUUGUGAUGGAAUUGUUGAGUGUGAUUUUCAUGAGGAUGAAAAAGACUGCUUCGCCUUAACCAAUGGCAGGGAAAUUGUUUUGGAUGUCGAUAGGCGACCUGUUUUGAAUAGUGCAGGCAUAUUUUCACGAAAUAGUAAUGGUAAAUGGAGUGUUGUGUGUUCUCGCGAGAUGCCCUUAUCCAAGCAAAUUGCUGAAACGGCAAUCAACGUAUGCGCCCAGCUUGGCUUCAAAAGCUUAAAAUUCUAUAAUACCACUCAUCCCAUAACACACAACAUCAUAGUGCCUAUUCACCCAGAUAUUUACAAAAAGAAGCUGCAUUCACAGCUUUCCGCAUUAUCCAGCGUCGAGCGUUAUUUUCGCGUAGAUGAUCUCGCAUUCAAAGCCCGGAUACAAUACAUAGAACAUAUCAACGAUGAAUGUUUGGGUAUUUUUGUAGAGUGUGAGGCUAAAUCGAAUAAUGUAGAACCCAUUAAGACUGUAAGUGCUGGCGAGUUAAGGCCACCAGAAGCGGUGCCGUCAUCCGUAUUGCAACCAGCUCUGGAGACACAUGGAAAGCCGAAUGUAUUCGCAACACCGCCAUCGACGACGGUUUUGUGGAAAAAGAAAGAUGAGCUGCUGCAUAAGUUGGAUGGCAUAAUUGAGAACCGGAAAAAUAUGUCAUUGCUGAUAGAUAACAAAUUGCAUGAAGCCAUAGAAGAUUUGCAUUGGCCGUGGGUAGUUGAUGUUUACGUUGAUGGCAGGUUGUGGUGUGUCGGUGCAUUGGUUGAUAAGCAUUGGGUGCUGGUACACGAUACGUGCCACUAUGGCGUUAGAUUCAAUACUCAUUACAUCGCUGUACUUCUGGGUGGAGGUAAGACGAAACACCUUCGCCAUAAGAGCGUGCACGAACAGAUACGACGUGUUGAUAAUUUUGAGCAAGUUCCUAAAAGCAACGUGCUACUGUACCACUUGGAGAAGCCUGUGCACUUUACAUAUCACGUGCUGCCUACAUUUUUUCCAGACUUCUCUAACAACACAACUGCUGAGUAUCCUCAAUGCAUUGCUAUUCUACACGAUGAUCACAGUGGUCGCAUCAAAGCGGUGUCUGCCAUUGAGGAACAAAAUGAUGAACUCUGUAAAGCCUCCGAUAUGUCCUGUUAUCGUCUAGUGGAGCGCAAGCCGCCUACGAAGCUUCUCAAUGUGUUGGAUGUUAGCGAAGAGGAUUUUUCUAGUUUAUCGGAGGAAAUCAUGUUAAAAGAAGCUUUCGAAGAAACUAGCGACACUUUGGGUUCGUCGAUAUCCCGUUUUACUACUUGCACACAGUUUGGCAAGAAAAACAUCAGCCGCACGACAUUCGAGCCUGUUGAUCAGGGUAUUUUAGCUUGCAAGCAAGCGGAUACCGGUUGGUAUCCAAUAGCUUUAUUCGACUAUAAUAAUACGAAUUGUUAUAGCUUUAAGGAUUCAUUUGCAUUGCGCACUCUCGAAAAGGUUUAUGGAACGAUACAGGCUUUGAUAGAUCAACCGAAGUAUGAGUAUUCUUAUGCGCCACCAGCUUGCAGUACUCUUCGUUGUACGCUUGGGGAGUGCUUGGAGGAAGAACAAAUUUGUAAUGGAUUGAGCGAUUGUCAUGACGGUGCUGAUGAAGAGAAACAGAUAUGCAUCGGGCGACAGAAAGUUUGUCAGGCAUCAGAGUUGAAAUGCCGUUCUACCUAUAAAUGCGUGCCAAAGACGAAAUUUUGCGAUCAUAUAGCCGACUGCGAUGACAUGACCGACGAGCCUACACUCUGCUCUUGCUACACAUAUCUGCAAGCCACCGAUCCAAAGAAAUUAUGCGACGGUGUACGAAACUGUUGGGACAAAAGCGAUGAAAGCCCAGCGCUAUGUAAUUGCACUGAUGAACAUUUUCAAUGUGGCACUUCAUCGAAAGAGUGUGUGCCGCGCGAUUUUGUUUGUGACAAAGAACCGGACUGUUCCAAUGGCGAAGAUGAGAAGUAUUGUAUUGGUCUUGAAUUUCCACAGCAGAUAGUGAACGAAAAAACAGGUUUUACAAAAUCACCACAAAUCAAAUACAAACAAUUGCCUCAGUAUGGUCAGGUGAUCGAACAGACCUAUGGGGUGUGGCAUACCAAAUGUUUUCCGCGCAGCAAUCCACCAGAUGUGAAGGACGUGCGUGAAAUAUGCAAAAAUCUUGGAUUUAAUCCGUAUAAAUUGCCGAGCUAUCGGAUAAUUGAUGAUGCGGCUCAAAAGGUGGCCGCUACAAAUGAAUGGCCCGAUCAGCGUGGACAUAGUUUUGGCAAUGACGAUGAAUCACCGCUAAUGGAACGCUACCGCAGUGCCACAAAAGCAGUGGUUGUGAAUAAAUUUUCCCCGCUAACCCUCAAUGAUAAAUUGACAUUAUUCCUGAAACCAAGUAGACCGAUCGCAGAGGUGGAGCGCUGGAAUGCAACGGAUUCGGAAAUGUGUUUUCGGCUCGAAAUCAAAUGCAUGUAGCUGCAUUUGUUUCGUAAAAUUAGUACUUAGAAUAUUGAAUGUGCCUACUCAAGUAGUUUUGAACCUAAGUAGUUGUAGAAUUAAGAAAUUUUUGUACUUUUGUAAAAAAUAAAGACCAAACUGAUUUAUAUAGUA